AUUGCAAUCUCUUUGAUACGCAGUGCAGAUCGUGAAGUCGUUUUCGAAAUAUUUAAAAGUUGAAUCGUGCUCCGAAUAGGCGCAGUACUGUUUAACUAAGCGUUCUCAAACGCCAGUCCUUAAAAACAUUUCCCGACCGCCUUCUACGCCAGUGAGUGUAAAGGCUGACAGUCGCUGAGAAACCUGUGCCCGAGAAAUAUUGCCAAAUUUGCGUUGCGAUUUUCGCGUGUGACAUCCAUUGAAUUAGGACAUUUAGUUCGCACAAGUGAUAACAUUUUUGAGUCAAUUUCUUGAACAAAGGUCUCGUCCAAAAUGAAGUUUUUCGUCGCCGUUCUCGUUUUGUGCUCCGCCGCAAUGGCUUACGGAAGCCUGCAAUGCAGCUUCGCCGCCCCAAAUCUUCCGACAGAAUGGAUUGAUAUGAAAUCACCAUGCGUCAAUUCAAUGCGGGCGCAAAUUCAGGAGGAAGUGAAAGCGUCAUAUGUCUACUUAGCCAUGGCCGCUUAUUUCUCCCGUGACACCGUUAACCGCCCAGGCUUUGCCGAACAUUUCUUCAAAGCUGCCAAGGAAGAACGCGAGCAUGCCCAACAUUUGAUUGAAUACCUUUCUAUGCGUGGUCAGUUGACGGACAGCGUCACCAAUUUGAUUACGUUCCCGGGUAUAGAGAAGCAGACUUGGGCAAAUGGUGUUGAGGCCCUCACUGACGCCUUGAACCUAGAAGCUAAUGUGACGAAAAGCAUUCGGGAUGUGAUUAUUAAAUGCGAAAACGUCCCUAAAUUCAACGAUUAUCAUCUUGUUGACUAUUUGACUGGUGUCUACCUAGAGGAGCAAUACAAGGGUCAACGUGAGUUGGCUGGAAAAUUGUCGACACUCAAGAAGAUGAUGAGCAAGCACGGAGAAAUCGGCGAAUUCCUAUUCGAUAAGACCCUGUAAAAUGUCAACCGCGGGGAUUUCGAGGGAGGAGUAGCGUUUUUUUGAAUCACAUCAAAUAUUCUAAUCAGUUACAAAAGACGAACUGUAAAUGUUAUUUCAUACAUAGAAUGGGAUUAAUAAAUUAAUCAUACAAAUUCCC